AUGGGUCAAGCACAGCACAGUCAGACACAGGAAGAAGAACUGGAGUUAAACAGCAUCCAGGACCUCUACAAGUCAUUCAUCAUGGAGUGCCCAAGUGGGUCUUUGUACCUGCAUGAGUUCAAGAGGAUGUUCGGAGUGCAGAAUGGUACACCUGAAGCACAGUACAUGGACAUCAUCUUCCGAGCAUUUGACAUGAAUCACGACAACACAAUGGAUUUUAUGGAGUAUGUGGCUGCGCUGCAUCUUGUUCUGCGAGGAAAACUUGAGGAUAAACUGCGGUGGUCUUUCAAGGUGUUUGACAAUGACAACAACGGCCGGCUAGACAGAGAAGAACUAAGGAAGAUUGUAAAGAUAAUCUACAAGAUAAAGAAAGGUUCUGAAGAAAAUGGCAUAGGGAACCUCACUUCUGAGCAGGUGUGUGAUCGUAUCUUUCAAGAGGUCGAUGUGAACAGUGAUGGUCAGAUUACCCUGGAAGAGUUUAUUGAGGGGGUUCAAAGAAACGCCUGGUUGGAAAACUUCCUGCGUCUUGAUGUCAAUCCAAGUGGAUGGGUCCAUAAAUACUUGUGUGACAGGAAACUCAUGGUCCCCAAAGAUUCCUGA